AUGCCGCCAGUCCGUUUGGAUGCUUUGGAGCGACUACCCCUGAAGUACAUCUUCCACCCUAAUCGUCCGCCAGCCGUUGGGGCGUCGUGGGUGUGGACAUGUCCUUGGGAGGAUGAUGGUCCACCAGACGACGCCCCAGCCCCAACCCGGGAACAACAAGACUUCAUCGACAGCCACACCUUCUACGAGCGCGCAUUCCGAUACCUUAUGUAUUGGAGGUUACACGAGAAGCAGAUCGUGCUACAACUCCUCAUAGAAGAGCUGCUAGAAUCGACCGAAAAAUACAGCAAACGAAUCCCGGAUUACCCAUUUUUCGUGAUGGGAAAUGGGGACCAUAUUGGUGCACUGCUCGUGUUGUGGAGCCCAGAAUCUCUGCGCGAAGAUGCUGAUGUUCCGCUACUUAUUGGGCAUCAGUUUGAGCCGGUUCAUAUCCGUUGUAUAUCGAUUACCUAUUUUAUGAAGCGCCCGCGCGGCUGGAGGGAGAGGGCUUUGCAAAGCUCGAAAACUGGGAAGCCUGAUUGUUUUACAGGUAUCAUGAUGGUAAAAUUUUCCGAGCUUCGUGUACUGUUGGAAAUCAUGCUGGCACGGUUGAAAAUCAUUGUAAAGGAUGGGGAACCCGUACUGGGUGAGAUCAACUGGCAAAACCAAUCAGUUACCGAAAAAUCAGAAUACGACAAAGAGAUGAUGACGAAAAUUAAGGAAUUUUGGAGAACGAGGAAAAUAGACAAGGUAACCGACAUCAAGGCCAAGGAGCUGAAGUCGAGAAUCAGGGACUGGAAUCAAAAGCAAAAAUCAGAAGCGCAGAAUA